CGUAAAAAGACAAUUAAGAAUGGUCCUUACAUAAAACAAGCCUGUAAAAGUGUGUUUUAAGUGACUUAAAAGAUGAUACUGAUUAAUGAUUCAGCCUAAGCUCCUCAGGCAGGACAAGCCUUUAAGGCCCUAUCCAAGAAGCUCAGGUUACGAUGCAGUUCAUAUGCGGUUAAAAGGUCUGUGAUCCUGCCCUGAUGUUUCAUAGAUCACUCAAUACCACAACUGGCAAAUAACCCAAGGGACAAGAAGCUAUUAAAGGCCUCCCAGUAGUCCUGUUUGCAAUAAAUAACUAAGGCAAGCCAAAGGAACAUCCGUACAUUUAAUAUUCCCGACCAUGUUCUCCUCUGUCCUGAUGUUGACCACUGCACUGGAGUGCGUGCAGACACGUGGUGGGUUUGCAUGCGUGUGCAGAUAUUUUCGGUGUGUCUGUGUCGUUCCCGGCCACGGCGGGGGGCUGAAAGCUGCUCGAGCAGACUGCCAGCUCCACCAGCUCUACUCCAAAGUCAGUGAACUGCCAGAGCUCCAGAUUACAGCAGAUUACCGGGCAGGGUGCUCAUACACUCUCUCUGUCUCCAUCUAUGUGUGUGUGUGUCAUGCUGUUUAUUUUUCAACCACAUGGGGAUGUUGACGCCUAACAAUCGGUGUAGACAAAGCCAAAACUUCCUAAAUGAAAAUUCUGAAGGAUAUUGAGAUUAAUUUGCUUUCAGAUUUCAAAUGAUGGUCUUUUCUGCCUCAUUGUUGUAAUGUUUAUCAACUAUUUAACGGAAAAAAAAACACAUUAGGUGUUCUCUCUCUCUCACACACACACACACACACACACACACACACACACACACACACACUCACACACUCUUAGAUCAUUACUCUUUGGUGGCAGCAAUAGAAGGAUUGAGCAUGUGAUACAUAUUCCCAGCAUGUGGUGGAUUAAUACAUUAAUACUUUGUGACUGAAUCCCCCUCCCUUCACAUAUUACUGCAUCAUAGAGAGAUUACGGUCAGGGACAAGCCAUGCCCAGGCGGGAUCCUACCAUCUGACACUGGCAAAUGGGGGUGAUUCAUAGGGACAACAGAGAUGGGACAGUAAAGUUUUUUAGUUUGUGAUGAAGCAUAGGCGCAUCAUGUGAUGCGAUGUAGCUCUCAGCGAGGGCCAAAGUGAAUUCUGCUCAUAUCCUAAAGACAAAGAGGAAAUAUUUCUUUUCAGUGACGUAUUGGGCCAGCUGAAGGGAGGAGAAAUCAGGGACAGCAGGUGGGUGGGUGAGGAGGUGGAGGGGGAGGGUCUGUGUCUGCAGAUGUUGCUAGUCUGGAUGUUGGCCUUGCACAGGAAUGCUUUAGAAAGGUUCUGAGUCUGCAGGAGUAAACAAAGUGAAGUUACUGGCAGACCGAUGACUAGGAGCCUUCAAGAGACAAGGUGGAGCGACAGACAAAGACAAAAAAGAGGUGAAGAAGAAGAAAGAGUGGACAGCUGCUAACCAUGGCUUUGGCUUGUCUAGGUCUAGGCUGUGUCCCUGUGCGGUCCAAAGCGGUGUCAAAUCUGGAUAUAGAGAGCAAGCUGUCGGUUCACUAUCAGGCUCCAUGGCACCAGCAACACAACGUGUUUCAUCCUUGUACCCGACCACCAUGUCUGGAAGAGCUGCACAGAAGCGCUCAGCUCAGUCUCAGAGCCCUGCACCGAGACGAACAACAGAGCCAGCGGUCCACAAGUCGGGAGAGGAACAGGGUGACCAUCUCUAUCUCAGUGGCGCCCCCCAUGCCCACAUUCCCCUCACCACACACCAUCCGCCGGCAACAGAGGAGUCGCCUGGCACGAGCGGAGAGGACAGUAAGAGAAACAGAGAUCCAGACCAUACAGAGAAAAGAGAGACCAGGAAGAGAAGCAGAUAUUCAGACGAUCCAAAGAAAGGCUACCUCGACAGGGGAAGGUGAUGGUGGUGAGGUCUUAGGAGGCCACAGAGCCAAGGCCUCAGCUCCCAAUGCUCCCUCGACCCAGGAUAAACAGACAAACUGGUCCAAGGAAAACCUCCCACCAUCAGAUAAGAAGACAAAUGCUGAUUCUCAUGCCAUCUCCUCCUGUAUCAUCCCCAUCAAUGUCACAGGAGUUGGAUUUGACAGGGAAGCAAGUGCCCGUUGCUCUCUAGUCCAUUCCCAGUCCGUUCUUCAGAGGAGAAGGAAGCUAAGGAGGAGGAAGACUAUUACAGGAAUACCAAAACGAGUACAACAAGACAUGGACUCAGAUGAAUCACCAGUAGCCCGAGAGCGCACAGUGAUCGUCCAUGCCAAUCCACACCAACUCUCUCUGUGUCAGGAAGACCUCUCAAUCAGUGGUCGCCUUCAUCACACUCGUGACUCUGGCUGCCAGACAGAUGAUUUCCUUAUAGCAUGUACAGCUGCUCCCUCCAGACGACGCAUUAGAGCUCAACGUGGCCAUCAGGGAAUCCCUGCCUCUCUGUCCCAUUCAACAGGCAACAUUUCUUCCCUUGGUGACCAGUCAGACUCCACAUACACUAGUGCUGCAGCCCAUGGUGGACGCUUGCGAUCUCGUAGCCUUCCGCGAGAAGGUGGACGCUUGAUGGACAGUGAUGACGAUGACGAUGACAAUUAUGAUGAUGACGACGACGAUGAGGAGUUGUCACCAUAUGAAGCAGAGGACUUUAUUCCACCUGGUCCUAGUCCAAGGAUGAAGAUGAUGAUGAUGAAGGAUGAAGAAGAGAGCACAGAUGACCAGGCAGCUCCUGAGCCACUGCAACUUGGAAGCCUAAAGAGGUUGCAACGAUCUGGAGAGAGAGACAGAGGGGGUGGAGGAGGAGGGAGCCCAGAGCAUAGCUGGAUGGAGAGGGGCCGUUCUCGCUUGCCCCGCAAGGCUGACAUGGGCAGCUGUGAGAUUUCAUCGAGUUCAGAUACUUUCAGCAGCCCUAUUCACUCUGUGUCUACAACAGGAGUCCUGGGAAGCCAUGUUGACCACAAGGAGGACCACCAGUCAUCAAGCGGGAACUGGAGUGGUUCCAGCUCCACCUGCCCCUCUCAGACCUCUGAAACCAUUCCCCCACCCUCUUCUCCACCACUGACAGGCUCAUCCCACUGUGACUCAGAGCUAUCACUCAACACUGUGCCCAAUGCCAUUGAUGAGGGAUUUUCCCUGGAUCCUUCAUACCACUCUGACCUCAGACCCCAGGGCCAGGGCCACAGGUCAAGUUCAUUCACAUCCUCAGCCACAGACCAGCUGGAUGAUGCAGGGGUCAGUACAGCCAGUGAGGGGGAAUGGACAUAUCCUCCAGACCAAGACCAGAAUGAUCCAGACCAAGACCCUGACCAGACCCACAACCUAAGCCAGAGCCAUGGGUUAGCCCAGGAGUACAGCUCCAAACAAGGUCUAGAAGACCAAACCUGUUUCAGUGACAACAAGACCAUCAACACUGAAAAAGACCCUGGCUCUCAUUACCCAUCAGACACAGAGGGUUUCUACUCCUCUUCUGUGCAUUUUGGGGAGUGUAAUCAGAGUUACAGAGGAUACAUGUAUAACUAUGCAGACCCAGGGCCUCAUUGUGGCCAAUCAAACACUGUGGCAGCACCACUAUCCCAUGGAGUUUACACCCAGCCUUCAGCUGACUUCAGAGCAGGCACUAUGACCUUGGGGAGGUCCAGUCGUCCACUGAGGAAACCAAAAGUCAAACCUCCACCACCCAAACGAACCUCCUCACUUAGGGACACGAGUAGUAGCGUUGAUGUCGGAACAGACACGCAGGCAGAUCAGGAUCAACCAAAGAUGGUUAGUGAACAAGAACUUACCUUGUCUUCCACAGAUAUGAAGCUGGAUCUAGAGCUUGGAGGUGCUCCAGAACCAUUACAGACAUCUUGUCUUGUGGCAGAGCCUAUGGGAACAUGGGGAAUGGGGUUGGGUGAAACUGUGGACAUAGUAGAGCCCAUGUCCUUCAGCUCUGCAGAUACACAUUCAUUUAAGGAUGAAGGUGCUGUGCAAUCUGACUAUGCAGAUCUGUGGCUUCACAACACUGAGCUGAAGUCCAACAAUGGUGAGUACGCGUCCAUGUCCAACUCAAGCACCGCCACAGGUACGACUGUCAUGGAGUGUAUCAAGUCACCAGACAGCUCUUCCUCCUCCACAGAAACCCAAACCCAGGCCCUUGCCCAGGCUUCAGAGACUAGGGCAAGUAGUCCACCUCUCCCACCUGGAGACUUCAAACUUGGAUCACCUGAGAAGCUGGCUGGCCUGGCCUCACCAUCAAGUGGCUACUCCAGUCAAUCAGAGACUCCAACAUCAACCUUGCCCUCAUCUUCGGCAGCAUUCUUCCCAGGACCUCUGUCACCCUCAACUGGCAAGAGAAAGCCCAAAGUGCCCGAGAGGAAGUCUUCUCUCUCUUCGCUGCAACACUUCCCCAGAGAUGGAGCUUCCAUUUCCUCUGGCUAUAAAAGAGACCCAGACUUCCCACCUCCACCUUCUCAACUUGAUCUCAAUGUUCUUCAUGGUGGCUAUGUCAGACACACACUAUCCCACAGGACACACCACAUGCACACGCUCCACCACAGCAAACACAGAGUUGCAAAUGUUUUAGCCACCGGUACAAAGUUGUUGGCCCCUGAGGCAUCAAAUACCAACCCUCCGCUGAGUUCAAACUCUGCACCUUUGAUUCCCAGCUCAAAUCUAUUGGCGAUAACUCCGUCUGCUCUUCGUUCAGUUCAGCUCCACUCCAUCAGUCAAUCUACAGACAGCGCUACCACUGCAGACCAGGAAUCAACAAGUGGAGCUGAGACUGCUACUAGACCCAAAUGUCCUCCUAGUGGUUCUACUCUGGCUCCACCUCCUAUUAACACUAGGCCUCUUCCUCCUCGCAGACCACCUCCCAGACCCCCAGCUCAGGACCACACUUCCUCCCCUGAACAUUCACAACCACCUCCCCCUGGCCGCCACCCUGAUGGGCCUCCAUCCUAUGAAAGCCUACUACUCAGACAAGACCGCUAUGGACCUGGAACCUUCUGGGCUAUGACGGCCUUCAGAACCCGGAUGGACUCAUCAUCAGAACACUCUGAGGACAGCUCACCCUUGCAUCGGCCCGUGCCACGUGCUCCCCACCCUUCACCAGUGGAUCUACACACACAUAUCCACUCACACACAGAAUUCAGAGGGCUCACGCACUCAGCUCAUGCACACUCUGAGUUUAGGGUUUUGGGGGAACGCUCGUUCUCCCAGGAUGAUGAUGACGAUGAAGAUGAUGAGGAAGAAGAGGAAGAGCAAGUGAAAGAACCGCCGAGGGCUGCAUGUUCCAGAGGAGGCAUGCGAUCAGACCACCCUCCACCCCCAGCAUAUGAGUUUGCUGGGGGAUCCCACUUAGACUCAGGGCCCUGGGCUAGUCCAGUCAAAGUGCCUGGUACCACAGUGGAAACAUCGCAUCCUUACCUAAUCAGCGAUGCAAGGAAAGGAGGACAAGAAGAGCCGGAAGAAGAGGAGGAAGUGACAUCAGGUGCUACCAGAAGUGCCCAUCAGCAGCCACAGGAGAGUAAAGACGACUCCACCACUCCUGACACUGAGGACUACUUCAGUAAAGAUUCCACUCCCAGUGACAAUUCACUUUCCCCUCUGACGGAUGACACCAAAGUGGAUGAUGACAUUAUUAUAACAUCACCCAACAAGACCCGUACAACUGAGGAUCUGUUUGCCAUGAUACACAGAUCCAAGAGAAAGGUCCUGGGCCGUAAAGAUUCGGGAGACUUGAAUGUGAAGUCCCGUCUCUGCCCUACAACACCAGUGACCCCUGGCAAUGUCUCCACCAUCAUUAUCCCGCCAGCCCCUCCUCUCAACAUCCCAGCCACCUUGGCCACUGCUGCUGGGUCACAACGAGCCCCUGUGCCCAUCUACCGCAGCGCCAAGAAAUCCAGCACGUCCAAUGAGGAGUUCAAACUCCUCUUGCUGAAGAAAGGCAGCAGGUCUGAUUCCAGCUACCGCAUGUCUGCUACAGAGAUUCUGAAGAGCCCUAUCACCCCCAAGACCCCAGGGGAGUCCCUUCAGGAAGGGCCCAUUAGACAGGUGGAGGAGCCACCCUCUGCACUCCAGGAGCCCCCCAUUCCUGGUCUGGAACCAAUCCAGAUAACAGGUCUAUUUCCCAGGGCCAACUCUGAGAGUUUCACCCCCAAAACCCUGCCCAUGUCAGCUGCAUCUCGACAGGGCCGUUCUCGGAUCCCCCCUGUAGCCAACAGCAGUCGCUACAGUACACGCAGCCGCCUCUACACAGCCCCCAUGCAAGCCAUUUCUGAAGGGGAGACAGAGAACUCAGAUGGGAGCCCCCAUGAUGACAGAUCCUCCUAAAACCACCCGAUGAGAGAUGUCCUCUAUUCUUGGCUGUGCCCUACAUUUGAAAUGGCCCCUUCUACUUUUAUAAUCUUGGAUAGGGGUCUCAUCAAGGCCAAUUGUCAAAUGCUUGCAACACAUAAAAUCUGACUGUUGCUAAAAUGCACCCAGUAUUUGGAUCUACUAUUCUAUUUAAGGGUGUUAGACAGUGUUGUGAGUUACUGAAUCAUAAAGGUAUGAUUUUGAAAACUUUGAGAAUAUACCUUAAUACUGUAUUAUCAAAAGAAUAGCUCCCUCAUAGUUAAAAGAGCAAAACUUAAGACCUAUUUUGAUUGAACUGUCUUUUUUUAAAAAUAAAAAAACAGUCCAGAAUGUUUGGUAAAUUAUGAUAAGAAAAGAAAUUUUGUGGAGAAUGGACAACGUGCGCGUGCAUGUACAGACACAUGCAACAUCCACUGAUAUUUCUACUUCUUGUGUUUUGAGUGGUGUGGGUGUGUGUGUGUCGCUGAGGAACUGCUUUCUCAUGAAAAUUAAAAAUUCUUAUGAAAUUUAAUAUACUUUCAAUUUUUGGUGCCCAAAGCAGUGGCCAGACUUCCCAGAGUCCAUACUCAAUAUUCCUGCCAACAAGCAAGGGUUGUUUCUUGAGGAAGUUACCAACAACAUUAUCUCAACACAGCACCAACUUAUCUAUUAUAUUUCCAUCUGCAGACCUGGCAUAGAGAGUAUAUCACACAGAGCCAAUCAUAUAUUUCUUCACAUAAAUUAUAUCCAAAAAGAUAACAUGAUGCAUGUAUUUUUGUAAAACUGCGCCUCAGAACAUGAUGAUAAAGUUUCACCAUGUUGCAUGACCCUAUAUGGAAACAUCCCCUGGAUCCUGGUUUCUGUCGACAUUUUUGUGGUUCCUUUGUAUUAUAAGAAUAAUUAAUCUUUCACUGUGAAAGGUUUUAGUGAUAUCUGUACCACAUUGCCAGUGAUCUAAGUUGAUUUAUCUCAGAUUUGAGUGUCUAACAAGAAGGAGCAAGGGCUUGUGCCUAGAUGGGGCCCAUUUGUCAAAGAAACAGGCUAAUUUUGGACAAUCGCACAGUGGCCUUUCUCUACUAGAGGUGGUUGUUAGUAGGGCAAUUUUAAGUCCCUGCACAUAUACAUGGACUUGGGCCAUGUUCCACCAGAAUCACAUACUUAUUUAAACUCAACCUUAAAAUCUAGUAUGUAUAGACUGAUUAGAGCUUUUCCAGUUGCUGGCCAGUUGCGCUGUGCUGACUUGAAGUGGAAAAGGUGCAUUUCAACGCAGUUUUAAAGAUACCAUUGAGUGCAGACGGUGAAAAUGCUUUAGAAGGUCCUCAAUCGGUUUGACUAGAGGUUAAUCUGGAAAGGUUUCCAAGAACCAACCUCUCUUUUGCACUUCAUGAUUCUUCAAGAAUAUUCCUUGAGAAGAAAAUAUAUCUUAUAAUGAAAUCGCAUAUGUAUAUUUGUACUGAAUAUAAAAUCAUAUCUAUAUAAAACAAUGAGCAGAAAUUUUAUAGGGAAUCAACCUGAGUGUAGCAAAGAAAAACAGGUCUCACUGACAUUACACACAAAUCUCAACAAUAUACACUGUUCUCCUCUCCUUGUUGCCUCUCCUUCAUUUGCACUGACCCAGUAGCAUUAGACAGGUGAAAGCUCAACCCAGUGGCUGGUGUAUACCAUUUUGUCUUACCCUCCAAGCUUUAUAUCACAAUAUCUGCAAGAGAGGAGACAAGAGGAGGAAAGGUCUAGAUAUCAUCAAUAUUUAAGCGUCAGCAAUGCAUCCAUUGUUGCAACCUUUUCUACUUAACACCAGAGUUUGGCGUAAAACGUGUUACCGAAGGAAAUGAUCAUCAGUUUAAAGUUUGAACUCUCACCUGCCUACCACAGCAAACACAACACAUAUACUUCUUACAUUGAGAGACCGUACUUCAAUAGAAACCAUUCACUGUAUUCUGUGAAUACCUCAGCAAGUAUAUUACUGUUUUAUUGUAAAUGCUAUAGAUAGAUAGAUAGAUAGAUAGAUAGAUAAAUAGAUAGAUAGAUAGAUAGAUAGAUAGAUAGCAAAACCACAACUGUUUGAUACUCAGCGAAUCUGAAUUGCAGAACUGACACUGUGUAAGACGGAGAGAGUAAAAAGCUGUGAACUGAUUAUUAGAAUUUUACAUUCAUCAUACCCAUGCUGAAGCGCACUUGUUCCUGUUCAUUGUUUUAUUUGUUGUGUUUUCUAUCGCAUGCAAUAAGUAAAGAAAAAAAUAGAAGAAGAAAAGAAAAGGAUACCACCAUAUCAUUAUUUUUAUCUGAGGGAUGUCUCCAUAACACGAGAAAAGAUUUUGUAUUUUCCGUUCAAAUGUCAAGUUCAAUAGUGUGUUCUAUAGAUGUACAAACUGUCUGGCUAAUUCUGUUCUGUAUAGUCGUGAUCACAAACAGGGGUUUAUCUUGUACUGUAUAUCUACUCACUGGACAAUCAUAUGUUUAAGAGACUGUAAAGAAAAUUAUAUAGAAUCUGUCAGGAGGAAGAAUCUGAACACUUUUGGUGCUGGGUCCUAGUCUUGCUGGAGCUGUGAAAGUUGGAGUGAGAGACAUACUUUCCAGGAGAAACUGCUGGUUCACUUUAAAGUGCAUAUCUGGACUAACUUCUUUGGAUAAAAUAAAUGUACAAAUAAAAAAAACAAAACAAAACAUGGAAAUGGAAAAGUAACCAUUCAUAGACCCAAAAGCUGAUCAAAAAGUCAUUGUUUUUACUUUUGACUCACUUCAGAAUUUUCUGAUUCCCACAAAACAUUUAAUAUUAUUGAAUAAUUAAUAUAAAUGAAUCUGUACGGUUAAUACAGUAUUACAUGAAUAAUGCAAUGUGACUCUGUGAAAUACCAUUUUAAAAGUUUGAUAACAAAAACACUCAGUAUUGACAAUUUGUUUAGUGGGAUUUUUCCAUAUUGUACCUGGCGUUGAUGCUAUAAGGGUAUUUUUACUGUUUCUUUCAUUUCUGAAAGCAGUGGAUAGUUGAUUGAUUGACACAAUUUGAUUGGAAAGACAAACUGUGAGGUUGCCAUACAGACUCUAGUUUAGCACUCAUUUAGCCCUCUCAAACCUCAGUCCUCAGCAGCUUGGGAAUACAACGAAACAAAAAUCUAUAACCUUUAUAGAGUUUUCGUUCCAGCCUGUUUUCCAAUGUCUGCACGCAAUUUUGCCCUAAAGGGAAGUGUGACAACAACAACUGGAUAUUUUUUCAAAGGUGUACAGUAUGGAAUAACACUAAACAGACUUUAAAAUAUGUGUUAGAGAACACAAAAAACACAGAUGUUGAAGACACAGUGUAACUGUCUAUUUAAAAGAAGCUCCAUGUUUAAAACUAGCUAGGACUUAACAGAUUUGAAUCACUUUUGUAUUUUUGUAUAAACCUGUAAAUACGUUUUUAAAGAAGAAAAAUGUUGC